GGUGUCAGCGGCGGCGGAGUCUAAUGUUCUUCUCAGUCAGUGGAUGAGAUCUCUACGCGCACAGAUCGAUCAGUGGAUCAGUAUCAGUAAAAGUUAUUAGAAUAGAACUCGGGAUCGGGAUGCAAAAGACGAAAUCUCUUUUGAAAGUAGUUAAAUUAACUUAAGAAAGUUCUUGAAAUAUCUCCUAUCCUAACUCGUUAUGAAUUCGGACGUGCAACGUGUUGAGAAAAGUUACAAUUCGGAUUGUCCUUCAGAGGACGAACGGGGUGAAGAUAAUCGAGUUAUUUUGGAAAUUGGUGUUAACGUUCCUUACUCCACGACAACGGCGACGACGGCAUCGUCGCUUGUUGCAAUUCCACCAACCGCCCCUAUGCCAUAUCCGCCGGAUAUACGUUUUGCACCGACAAGUGCUUAUCAUUCAUCCUAUCCAUACCUGCAAUCGCAUCCUUGUGCCAUGAGUAUUCCACAAACUGUAUGCAAUUGGUCGAUCCCGGAAGUGGUGAGGCCACCUCUUUAUCCACAUUAUCCAAACCUGCGAGAGCACACCAUUGUUAAGGAGGAGAAUCCUUCAUGGCGGGAAAAGGCUUUACAAUUGGAGAAAGACUACAAAAAAACAGCAUGUGAUCGUGAGCGCACAAGAAUGCGGGACAUGAAUAGAGCAUUUGACUUGCUAAGACUUAAGCUACCAAUAUCAAAACCAAGUGGAAAGAAAUAUUCAAAAAUUGAAACAUUAAGAAUUGCAAUUGGCUAUAUUCGUCAUCUGCAGGAAUAUUUGAAAAAGCCACCCGAAAAAAGAUCAUCAUCACCUGGAAACUUUCGAUAUACCGAACCAAUUGCAACAUGUUCCUAUGAAUCGCAAGAAUCAAACAGAUCUUCGUGGCAAGGAAACUCUUCUGCUUAUGAAGUUGAUAAUUCGCCAGGAUAUAAUUUAGAAAAAUCGUGGGACUAAAUGACAUGUCCUAUGGACUGGACACGUGGUUGAAAAUAUUUUGUUUUUAUAUACUUGUAUAAUAGAGUAAGAAACCUUAAUUCAAAAAGUUGUGAGUCUUUUCGUCUUCGUAUACAUAUUUAUUAAGUCUUGUUUUGUUUAAGAAGAAAUAAACUGUUAUAUAAGUAUGGCAGGUAA